GUAUGUCACUAGGCGUUCCCUAAAACAAGUCCAAGCUUCUCUAUUUGAAAAGUUCUUUAACAUUUGAAUCCUAUAACUGUCUACUAGAACUAAGAAUCACACUCCCGGCGAUAAAGAGCAGACAAAAAAAAUUACAACGACUACAGCACGUCCGAUGCUGUUUAUAUUCGCAACUUCCGAUCACGGCCGUUUGUAAUGACGUUACACCAGCACGCAUGAUACGUCCCACUAAGGAAGCGGCAUUAAAAAAAAAACAGAGGAAUUUAUUAUAUCAACGUUAUAAGCCGUUUAGUAUUUUUAUUAUAUAGUAACACGGCGGCUUUAUUUAUUAUUGGUGUACUGUCAAGAUAUUUUUAGCGUAGCAUUUGAUUCUUGGAUUAAAUUGGUGGGUGUAUUAAGUUUAUAUUUUCAGUGCUUGUAGCAGUAGGCCGAGAGAUUUUUUAGUGCUUGCUAGACGCCACCGGGCCGCAAUGGGCAAAGCAAAGAACAAACUACCCGAUGGAUGGACUGAUUAUACACCGUUGGGCAAGAGAUUAACAGGCACUCGGUUCAUUCCACUUAAGGUUCCACUAAAAGAGUUAUACAAGUACAAGGUUCCUGCAGAAGACUACUUUGGUCCAGGAGAGUUGGUUGAAAAAAUUAAGGAACAGAAUGAAGAACUUGGCUUGUUGAUUGAUUUGACAAAUACCACAAGAUAUUAUCUGCCAUCUGAUUUACCAGAAGGAGUGCUUUACUAUAAAAUCUUUACAGAGGGACAGGAUGUACCAGAAGAUAAAACAAUUUUGGAUUUUAAACAUGCUGUGAGGACGUUUCUUAAGCAAAAUGUCGACAAUGAUAAACUGAUUGGCGUUCACUGCACUCAUGGUGUGAAUAGAACUGGAUAUCUUAUAUGUAGGUACCUCAUUGAUGUGUGCAGUAUGAGCCCUAAGCGUGCUAUAGAAUUGUUUAAUAAAGCCCGUGGUCACCCAAUGGAAAGGCGAAGCUACACGGACGAUCUUUUGACUGGAUAUAAACGAAGCAACAAAGGUAUGGAUGACCCAGGUCUUGAGCUGUUGCCAGGAAAAGCCACUGUUCCUGCAGAUCCCCAAAACUCCAACUCAGAAGAACCUCCAAUAAACUGGCCUGAGUUUGGCUACCAAGGUGAACUUCAAAGACCUUUUUUUGGCUAUCAGGGAAGUGAAAAUCGGAUGCCUGCAUUUGGCUUUCAAGAAAGCGAAAAUCGAAGCAUUCUUCGACCCCAAGUCUUUGAAUACCAUCAUCAGAAUAGUUAUGGCAUUCCAGAAGACCAGAACAUCCCUAAUAACCAGAGUGAUGCGAGAUGGAGGGAUGAUAUGGGUGCAAAUGAUAUGAGAUGGAGGGAUGAGAUGGUUGAGAGGAAUGAUAUGAGCUGGAGGAAUGAGAUGGUGGGGAGGAAUGAUAUGAGCUGGAGGAAUGAGAUGGGUGAGAAGAAUGAUGUGGACCUGAGAAAGAUGAGCUGGAGGAAUGGUAUGGGCCUGAGCAAUGAUAUGAGCUGGAGGAAUGGUUUGGGCCUGGGCAGUGAUAUGAGCUGGAGGAAUGGUAUGGGCCUGAGAAAUGAUGUGAGCUGGAGGAAUGGUAUGGGCCUGAGCAGUGAUAUGAGCUGGAGGAAUGACAUGGGCCUGAGGAAUGAUGUGAGCUGGGGGAGUGGUAUGGGCCCGAGGAAUGAUGUGAGCAGGGGGAGUGAUAUGGGCCCGAGGAAUGAUGUGAGCAGGGGGAGUGAUAUGGGCCUGAGGAAUGAUAUGAGCUGGAUGCGUGAGAUGAUCCCAAGGAGUGAUAUGACCUGGAGGAAUGAAAUGGGCCCAGGGAAUGUGAGUGAGCCAAAUGAUAUGAGAGGAAGGAGUGCUACAACCUGGACAAGACUGUCUUUGGAAUCAUUCUCUCAACCCUUAAAAGGCUUUGAUUUAACAGAACCCGCUGCAUUCCAAAAUUACAGUUUCAAUAAUGAACAGAAUUUUCCUUGGCAGAAUUCUUACCCUCCUCUGAGGGGAAGAACGUCUGUUAGGGGGGGUGACAGAUUUCCAUACUUGAGAAAAUGAGCCAGGAACAAGAUAGUUACUGCAUAGUGAAGAUGGAUGUCGUUUGUUUAGUGUUUUAUUCUUUUGUUAGUCAUUUAAGCAGAAGUUGUAUCAGCAACACCGUACAGUUUUAAUUAAAUUUGUUGAAUACAAA